GAAAACACUAUAUUCAAAUCGUCAUGAGGUGGUGAAAUUGUGGAGGGCAUGAACUACGAAGUUUAUUGCGGCAAUGCGCAUGCAGAGCCAAAUAGCUCAGCAGUUCAACAACUUGCAGAAGCAUGUGUUGAACAAGACGCGUCUUAUUUUGAUGGUUGCUCGAGAACGUGUGUGAAAGACAAGUAUCUACUGCCUCUGACACAAUUCGACAAUUUAGAGAUUGUAGUUUAUGGGCAGAUUUUCCCAAUUUUGGUGCUUUUCGCAGUUUUUGCGAAUGCGGCUGUUGCGCUAGUUCUAUCGAAGAAGCACAUGAUCACUCCAACUAACGUCGUUUUGAAGUACAUGGCUAUUGCGGAACUUUUAGUGGGACUCGUCCCACUGCCCUGGACUCUUUUCUUUUUUUCAAUGGGGAAUAUCAAAGAAACACAUCGGUUAGAGUUAUGGUGGUGCUAUCUACAAAAGUACAGUAUGGAUGCGUUUCCUCCAGUUUUCCAUAUGAUUGCCAUGUGGUUGACGGUACUUCUGGCGGCACAAAGAUACGUCUCCAUAAGUCAUCCAUUGCAUUCUCGAUCCGCGUGUAAUGUAAAAAAUGUUCGAUUAGCAACAAUGAUCAUAACUGUCACAUCUUUCCUUUGUGGACUUCCAAAGUCGUUUGAUUAUGAGUAUGAAACAGUUCACGGAUGGAUUUAUUCGCAUGGUAACUGGACGUAUGCAAGCAGUUGCGUCAUGAUGCCUACAGCGAUAUUAACCAAUAUGGGGCAAACUGUGUACUUUAAUAUUUACUUCUGGACACGUGCGCUCGGCUUCAUUAUUUUGCCAAGUUUCCUACUUGUCCUGCUCAAUGGCCUUCUCAUUAAGGGUAUUAGAAGAGCGCAGCGGCGGAAGCUGCGAUUGUUGAGAGAAAAACGUUCCGAAGAAGCUGCUCGGCAACGAGAUAGCAAUUCGACAAGCCUUAUGCUAGUUGCUAUUGUUUCAAUUUUUUUGAUUGUAAAUUUGCCGCAGGCUAUAUUUAUGGGCCUGCUUUGUGUCUGUGAGACGUUUACAAUUAAGAUUCCAAUAUUAGAAGGAACUUUCCCUGCCGUGUUUCUUAUCGCUAGUAAUAUGAUCGUUAUUGCUACUUAUCCCAUCAAUUUUGGAAUCUACUGUUUUAUGUCAAGCAGUUUUCGACAAACUUUCAAAUUGUUGUUUUGUCCUGGCGCUAGUCAACUCCAAUGCGAACGGCGAAUCGAAGCUGCAAGUGCCGUACAUUCCAGUCGUCGACGUUCCGACAUUUGCUCGCAUUUGGUGAAUGUUUGCACAAACUCUGAGGGAUUCAUGCAAGUAUCCCAUCAUUGUCUGCACGUCGAUUAUCUUGUAUCGGAUAGGCAGUCGACUCAGUUUACAACGAUGGAUAGGAGUGAUUAACUUGUUUUCUUUUUUUUUCUGCAAAUUAAGAUGUUUGAACAUUGUGAAUAACUUCGCCUAAAUGUGAAUUUUCUUUUUAAUUUUCUUUUUUUUUACUUCGAAAUAAAUGCAUUUAAAAUUUG